UCAAUCAGGAUUAAUGGGGUAUAAAACCUCCCCAGCGCCGCGGCCCUGAGCGGCAGAGACGGCAAUAGGCAGAAAUGAGUAAGAGCCAGAGCUGAAGUAGUGCACGGCGUAAUUCCUGCUCUGUGAUCCACGCUCCAAGUGAAAAAACCGGGAGAGGGGGCAGAGAGAGGCAGUGACCGGCUCAGCCUUUGCAACCGGCUCAGGACAGAACGUCUAUAGAUAUUUAUAGAUACUAAAACAAGAACAACAACCUCACCCUGAAUUGAGGCUUUCUUAAAAAGAAGGUCCUGGCAAUUCUAUCUUAUUUAAGCAAUUUCCUGAGUCUAAGAAUAGAAAUGAGCUGCCUGGAAGGCACUGCAGGCUGAAAUUUGGAGACAUAGGCUGCUUUAUUUUAUUUUUCUACAUAUAAAAACCUUUCGUUUGGAUACUGGAUUUUCAUGUGGGUUUUUGCAGCGGAGGGAUGUAUGGUUACUUUUAAUUCUACUUUUUUUUUUUUUUUUCCCCCUCUGUUUUAAUUUUUAAAAAAAGCUUUCCAGUUAAAAAGCAAGCAAGCUGCUUUACCUGCGUGUGACAAUCCCAGAGGACACCGAUCAAGAAACAGGGGAGUGACUUGGUCUUCUGCACUACUUUACUCCUACCCCCAUUUAUUUUUUCGGGGGAGGGAAGGAUUUUUCCAGUCCAAGAACCUCUUGCCCCCAAGUUUUGGAAGGGGGGCUGAAGAAUUGUCACCCAUCUGGGGGUGCAUGAAGGCUAUCGCUUUUCUUUCUCUGUCACCUUGGUUCUGUGGAGGCUUGGAAGAGAACUUUGCCUGGCAGAAGAGGAUGAUGUGGAAGUGGCUGGGCGCCCUGCUGCUGUUCCCGGUGCAGAUGGUGUAUCUGGUGGUGAAAGCCGCCGUGUGCCUGCUGCUGCCGCCCAAGCUGCGAGACCUGUCCCGGGAGAACGUGCUGGUGACCGGCGGGGGCCGCGGCAUCGGCCGGCACCUGGCCCGGGAGUUCGCCCGGAGAGGAGCCAGGAAGAUCAUCCUGUGGGGUCGGACUGAGAAAUGCCUGAAGGAGACCACAGAGGAGAUCAGGAUGAUGGGGACAGAGUGCCACUACUUCGUCUGUGACGUGGGGAACCGUGAGGAGGUCUACCAGCAAGCCAAGGCCGUCAGGGAAAAGGUGGGUGACAUCACCAUCCUGGUGAACAAUGCUGCUGUGGUUCAUGGGAAGAGCCUGAUGGACAGCGACGACGAUGCACUGCUGAAAUCCCAGCACAUAAACACCCUGGGACAGUUCUGGACCACCAAAGCAUUCCUGCCAAGGAUGCUGGAGCUCCAGAAUGGGCACAUUGUUUGCCUGAACUCAGUCCUGGCCUUGUCAGCCAUCCCUGGUGCCAUUGACUAUUGCACCUCCAAAGCCUCAUCCUUUGCUUUCAUGGAGAGCCUGACCCUGGGGCUGCUGGACUGUCCUGGAGUGAAUGCCACCACAGUCCUGCCCUUCCACACCAGCACAGAGAUGUUCCAGGGCAUGAGAAUCAGGUUCCCUAGUCUCUUCCCUCCUCUCAAGCCAGAGACAGUGGCCAGGAGGACAGUAGAAGCUGUUCAGAUGAACCAAGCCUUCCUGCUCCUGCCAUGGACAAUGCAUGUCCUUGUUAUCCUAAAAAGCAUUCUCCCCCAGGCAGCACUUGAAGAAAUCCACAAGUUUUCUGGGAGCUACACCUGCAUGAACACUUUUAAAGGACGAACAUAGGCUGGCACCAGGACUGCUCUGCAGUGAGCCCAGCACAAGCAUGAAAAUCCUCCAGGACUGGGAAUCAGCAGCUCUUGGCUUUCAGCCUGUUCAUGUGACUUGUGCUGCUCUGAGGCAACACAUUUCUUGCAGGUCAUAUCCAUAGUAACAUGACCUUUGCACAGGAUUGAGUGAGUGGACUGUGGACCCUUGGAAAGGAAAAAACAGAAAGUGUGAAAUGCUUCUAUGGUGUUUAAUUCUUUAGAGUUCAGUUGUUAAAUCUACUCAUAGUUUUAAGAUGUGAUUUUUGUUUCUCAAGUGUCUGUGGGCUGUCUCAGGGGAGAGGCAGCACAUCCAUCCCAAACACACUCUGUGCCCUCUCUCCAGAGGAGCUGCCACUGGUUUCAUUUCAGCUUUUUGAAUGGGGAACUUCAGAAUUACUUGGAAGAACUAAAAGAUAUGGACGCUUCAUGGACGCUUCCUUCUCUUUCUUCACUUCCCAUCCUAUGAUGAAGCUGUUCCCAGCACACACUGGGGAAGGAGCAAACCAUGAGGCAAUGUUUUCUCUGCUAAAGGCCACCCAGGACUUCUCUUUCUGGGCCCAGAAAAGCUGUUGUGCUUCCCCUCUGGAGGCUGGACAGGAAGGCUCAGGCAGCAGAGCUGAGAGUUUAAAUAGUGGGAGAUUCUUUCUGUCACUGAAUUCAUAUGUGAAAUUGUUGUUCUGAUUUUUUUUUUGUUGUUCAUUUCUGAUAAAACAUAAAUAUAUUUUUAGUCUUAAUCCCAGACUGCCACACAUGUAGGCAGCAGCACAUUGGGGAUGAACUAAAUCUAGAAACUAAAACUAGAGCCUGCUUGUACAAACAUACAUUCACUGACACAAUCCAUGCAGAGGAAAAUCCAUUAUAUCAGUCUGCACAGUGAAGUGGAAUAAUGCUCUAAGACACAGUGCUGUUGUGCUCAUGAGAUGUGAAAUUUGGGAGCACAUUUAGCAAAGACCUGAUUAAAUGCAUUUUGAAUUCAUCUGGGAAUAAACCCAUUGUGCUUUAGGAACAUUGAGUCAGGCACUGAUCAGCCAAAAUGAUAAAUAUGCUUGGACUGAGGUGCCAGAAGCAGCUAGACAUUAUUUAUUUUUGUAGUGAAAUAUUCUCUUUGACAGCCUAGGAAUGGCAGCACUGCAUUCCUGUGCAAAAUGCAGUAAGCAGCACAUUGGAGCAGUGCUAACAGAGAAAUUAAAAUAAUUGCAAUACAGGAAGUAGCAAGUCCAGCUGGAAACACCUGAAUGAAGUGCCUCAAGGGUGGAUGUGUGAUUAAAGGAGUGAAUUUAGGGCUCCUGACUCGAAUUUCAAGCUUUUCUGUAGAUGUCCUGUAUGGCCUGGGGCAAAAUGGAUCAUCUGAAGGAGCGCCCUGACCUGCAAAGCAGAUAUUUCUGGUGUUUCCCUACCUCAAAAUUGCAAGUCUGACUACCUAAAUGCCUGUCAAAACUCAGCAAAUUCAAAUGCAACAUUUUAUAGAGAGUCAAAGCAGUAUUUGUUCAUAGACCAGGAGCUUCUAUACAAAAAUUUGGAUGAGGAAAAAACCCAUAUACUAAAAUUUAUAAUCUAAAAGACUUCUGAGGUACAGCAGAAAAGCUGUGAGCUGUGCUUAAAACACUCCUUUGGUUCUGCCACAUGGAAUGGAGACCUGCAACUGAGAUGCAAAGGUGUGAGGGUUAAAAUCAAGUCUGACCUUGCUGCAGACCAGUGGAUUUCUCCUUUCUGGAGCUCUCCCAGAGGAAGGUGCUGCCAGAAGUGUUGGGGUCCCUCUGCCUGGGUGAGUGUUUGGAGGGGCUCUCCUGCCCGAGUCAGUGCAGAGCUGUAACCUGGAGCACUGUGAUGCCUCUGGAUAUCUGAAAUUCCUGGAUAUCUGGAGAGGAUGAAAAGGAACUUCAGUCUCUGGGAUUUUGAGACCCACCCUAAUAGAGGCUUCCAGCUUUAUUUUUUGUCAAUUUUUUUGAGAAGCCCAUCUCAGUGAAAAGUCAAGUGCCAUGAGGGGAGAACCCUUCAGGAUUCCUUCCAGGAUCUGCCUGGAAUACUGCAGGUACCAGGUUUAUCAGGAGAAGUUGAUAUGGUGAUACCAACUUCCCCUUGUGCUCUCCGAUCCUUUCCAGUUUCUCAUUAAUCCCAGCUGGGAGUGCCAGGCUUGUAGCUGCAAGUGCAAUCACCUGUGCUGAAAGAGCAGCGUCCCCUUGCAAUUAAACCUUUGUGCUGAGAAUUCUGUUCAUUGAUAACUUCCUAAUGCAGAAAUGAGCUAAAAACACACUGGAAUCCAUAUCCACCCCAAAUCCUGUCCCUUCAAUAGAUCUGCUUUUUACCUGCAGCACAAAAGGAUGUUGCCUAUCUCCAGGGUUGCCUUACACACUGUUGAUUUCUUUGUGAUGUUUGCUGAUGAUUUCUUUCUUUCUGAUGAAUACAAACAAGCCAGGAGGAGCUGAGGCUCAUCCUCUCUGCUCUCACACACACACACAGAGCUCCCUGUGCCUUCCCUCAGGGUCCCAGAGCAGACAGCAGGUCAAAUAGCAGUCACAGUGGGGGAGAGGCUUGCAGCAAGCAGAAAAUGAUGAGGAAAACAUUAACUUUGCUUUUCAGAUAGCAGGGAGGAGUUGGGUAAGAGAGAUCCUUCCCUGGUGAGUGUUGCAGACAGGACGGGCUCCAUCGAUCUGCAAACGUGCACGGAGACUCUGAAAAGUUUUUUUUUAAUAGAAAGGCUCCUCUGGAAUGCCUGCUGGGGUCUGCUGGGACCUUCCCACAUAAGGGUAGGGUUGGGUAAUCUUGAAGUGCUGCAAAUGUGGACAAGCUUUGUUGAAGCCUAAGGCCUUCUCCGAGGAAUUUCCGCCCUUUGAUUUACUUUAAUUUUGACUUUGCCUGCUCUCUCUGCUGCCUCCUGCUCUCCACUGCACAAUUAUUUUUUGCCUUCUGUUUUCCUGUGUCAUCACUGCACUUUUCUGUGCCACCAUCUUGAAGCCAGAUGUCAUCCUAGAGUCUGGAGUAAAUGGAGAUUGGGGCAUUCAUUUAUUAUCCUGCUGGAGGAAUCCAGGUGAAGCUGCAGGAGCAGCUCGCAGGAGUUUCAUAGGAAAUUAAUUUUACUUGCUGCAAACUCUGAAGAAGUAAAAAGAGUCCUCACUAUGGCUCUUAUCUUGCUGGAGGAAUCCAGGUGAAGCUGCAGGAGCACAGGAGUUUCAUAGGAAAUUAGUUUUACUUAUGGCAAAGUCUGAAGAAGUAAAAGAGUCCUCACUAUGGCUCCUAUACAGGAGAUUGCUGCUGGUUUAAAAUUUGAAUGAUAGAAAAACAUGAGCUGGUUUGGGACAUGUUCCCUUCACCAAAAAAAGGCCAAAUUUAAAUGGGAGGAUUUUUCAGCUCAAUGUAGUUUCAAGUGCUGCUGUUUAUAUUAAGUGAUUUUCAGAAUUAGCAAGGCAGGGCAGGGACAGGAGGAGUCCUUUGUAUUGGAAUCUGAUCCCUCAUGUUGAAUAUUUCUUUUUGUGGUUUUUGAUGAGAAAAAAGUGCACCCUCAUGCACCCUGGUGAACUUUAAAAAUGUUGUUCCAGCCAUGUCCCUGCCCAUGGCAGGUUUUAGCAGCAUGACAAAAAGGAGUGUGCCCUGAAAGUGGGAGCUGAACCCUCCCCACUCACCCAUUGUUCCAUUGAGGUCAAAAAGCAAUAGAGUCUGUCCCUCAAGUUCUUCUAGAACUGCACAGAAAGUGCCUGGGCAAGUGAUUCUGAUGUUUGCAAAGAGAAACUUGUUGUACUUUUAUGUAAUGUGUUAAUUAGUGUGGGUGGGUAUGAUCAGAUCUAGUCUUGCAAGCCUUUCCGACAACUCCCUGAACACUCCCACCUUCAGAUAUUAACAGAUAGCACUUGCCAAAGCUCCUAAAAACCCAGUAACAGACUUCAUGCAGGCACAGCAAAGUGGGUGCAUGGAUUUCCAAGAGAACACAUCUGCUUGUAGCAGACAUUAAUGUGGCCCAGUGCCUUCCUCGAGCUGAAAUGCAAUUGUUGAGAAAAGAACACAAGGGGGAACAAUGAAGGUGAAUUCCUCUGAAAUGCCCUAAUGGAUCCCACAUGUUCUGGAUGGUUCAUGGCGUGGUUGUUCUGGAGGUGCUGGACCUGCCUGAGGAUGGUUGGUGAUGGCCAAGGGACCCCGUCCUGGUGGAGUGCCCCUGCAGCACUGCCCCUGCUCCUCCCGGCCAAGGGACGGCUUGCAGGGGCUGCAAGAGAGCUGGGUCAAUGGAACAAAUAACAAUUGAUGAUUUCUGAGUGUAUCCACGGCAAGGAAGGAGACAAGGCUGUCAGCAUAGAAACACGUUAGGAAAGGUUAAUAAUAGAUGCUGAUAACUCAACAUGGUGUACUUGGCUCAAGCUCCCAUUACGUUGCUGAAAUGGGCUCUGCUCCAGGUGCAUGUGUGGAACCCAGUGCUGGAUUUCUUCUCUUGACCCUUCCCUGAAUCCCCUUGGUCUCCACUCCCUCCUCCCCAGGAAGCUCCAAGCAAAUUAAAGUUCUGGGGUUUAAGCAGUUCCUCCAUCACAAUCAGUGCACAGUGGUGAGGCCUGAAGGUUUUUGUCUUUUCUUAAAUCUCUGGUUUGUCAGGUCUGUUGGAGAGCAGGACCUUGCAUUGCUUCAAUCUUGGGUUGAAAACCACUGUGUUGAAAUUGCAGCUCCAGGGUUCUCUAAUCUUCCUUUUCCCUUUUCUCUCAUCAGAGGUAAGGAAGGUCUGAAACCAGCAGCAGCUCUCUAAUGCACAAUAUUUCCAGGAGCCAGGUCCUGUAUUCUUCUCUGUGUGUGCCUGAAUGCCAUAAAAGUCCAAAAAGUAAAAAAAAUUGCUGUAGAGCCCUCUGAAGAAGCUCCUUCUGGCAGUGAACUUCUGGAUGGUGGAUGGGAGCUGUGUCUGCAAAGGGCAGAGCAGCCUGGAGAUCAUCCCUGACUUCAGGAAGCUUAGGGCAUCCUGGAGCAGUGAGUAAUUUCAGCUUUGCCCCUGCCCUGUUCUUCACACAGGGAUGGUUCCCAUCCCCAUUUUGGAGCUGGAAUAUUCUUGGAGCUCCCUGUCCACACCCAGCUCCUAAGCCACUGCCAGCUUUGGGUGCCUGGCUGCAAAGGAGCAUCCAGAAAUGUGCCCACAGGUGAGAAGAAGGCAUGGGCUGGGUGAUGGAGGCGAUUUAUGUUGGCAGAAAUGGUUGGGAAGAGAGGUGUGUUAUGUGGAAGGUGUGGGGAAAGGGAUGAGGUUGUGAUGUGGUUGCUGCUGAAUUCCUGAGCCUGCUGAUGCUGCUGGUUGUUAAUCAAAGAGUUUUUCCUUCUCCUGCAGAUGUUUAAGAAGGUAAAAGGAGCUGAGAUGUGCACAAGGCAGCAGCACCUCUGCUCCCCUUCCCCUGCAGGGCUGGGAGCUCCUGGUGGGUUUGAUGAACCCAGAGAGCAGAUUCUGUUCAAACUCUCUCUGUUUGCUUGCUCUGGGCUGUUGUGGUGCUGUUCUGGUGUGGGUCUGUUCCCUCAGGAUGGUUCUGCCUGGCUGAUUUUACAACCUGCAGCUUCAAAUGCAAAUUCCACCCUCGGGGAUGGGACAGGGCAAGGACAAGGUCAUCAGAUAAGUGGGGCUGCUCCUUCUCCAGCCGUUCAGGCAGAUUCAUCAGAGCUCCAAGCAACACCAGGAUCUUGCCAGAGACAAAUUUGCCUGUCUGAUCUGUCGGAGUGUGUAUUCUCCACAAACCCUGCUCCCUUUUGGAUGUGUUGGUGAAGUUUCCCAGAGCAGUUUGGCCAAUCCCACCGUGGCUCCAAACCCCUGUCAAGGCUUCUGCUGCAUUUUUCACUGCCCCUUGAGUGACAUCAUUCAAAUGAUGAGUCUCUGAGAUGAUUCAUACCAAAAAUAAAGAUCCUAAUAAUCGUUA